UUUGUUGGGGUGGGAUAGCUUUACCCCAUGAAAUAUCAAUGUGUUUGUUUGCCUGGGGUGGGUUUUGAGCAGACACCACACUUUUGUUUAUCGGCUGACGUGGAUCACAAAUUUUCCCACCCAAGCCUUCACAAAGUCCUGCCAAGGAAAAAUGGGUUGGAGAUGGCACAAGAGCUUCAAGCCCCGCCACCAUUAUAGAUGUCCGUAGCCGCUGCAUCAUCUCACCCUGCACCCCUGCCGAGCCACUGCAUACUUACUAAGGUGUGUUGAGGGGGGGGGGGGGGGGAGGGGAAGGAAGAAGAAGAAAUUCAUGAGAAAGUUCGUUGAGGACGAUUUUAUGCAAUUUCUGGGUAAUGAGAAAGAAGAUGGGAGAGUCCCUGCAACUCAUUUUCUCCCAUUUUAAAUUGAGAAGGGAAGAGGAAAUUAGGAGGAGUUGAAAGCGGUUUCGAAAGGGUUUCAGAAAUUGAGAAGCAGAACAAGGAAAAAGAAGAAAUUGAGAAGAAAAGCAAUAAAAAACCUACCUUUCAUCUGAAAAAAGGCACUGACUGUAUGUUGGUUUUUUCUCAGCCAUGGAAGAGGGAACAGUGGAGAAGAAGAAGACGAAAUUGAAGGGGAAAAGGCACCAAUCGUCCCAGCAACAUCUGGGUUUUUUUUGUUGGUUUAUUCUCAGCAAUGAAAGAGAGAACAGUGGAGAAGAAAUCUGGGUUGCUUUUUCUCAGACAUUGAAGAGGGAACAGGGGAGAAGAAGAAGAUGAAAUUAGAGAGAAAAAAGAGGAAAAAGAGAAGUCAAGACUUGAGCGCCACUACUGCCGCACCACCGACUUCAGAUGUAGAGAUAGAGCAGAGCAGCUUAGGGAAUGGAGGAAGAUGUAGAGAUAGAGCAGAGGCAGCUUAGGGAGUGGAGGAUGCCAUGGAUACCCACUCUCUCUCUCUGCCUCUUUCUCUCCCCUUUUUUCUUUCUCUCAGUUAACUAAAACGAUGCAUGGGGUGGAAAUGUUUAACCUUCCUCCAACUCUACUUAGCUGUUCUUUCACCCUCGCCCAGCAACAUGUGGGUCCCAACAUGACAAUUAUCCCACCCCACACUCCCUUCUAAACAAACGGCGCCAAAUUGAUUUCACUGAGUUCUCCUCGCGAUCAAACAAAGCAGCGUCUCCUUCUUGCUUCGUCCUCGAGGAACUACCAUGGUGUACGCAGCAGGCCAAACCCCUUAGCCGUUGGCUAGGGAGUCGUCACGAUUGAGCUUGAAGUGAGCCAGAGGUGGCGGAUGAAGUUUUUUCCUUUACAAGUGGAAACUGUAGCCGUUGCUGUUUCAAAUGCAACUCUUGAACCAACACAACUCAUCAUAAAACUGAACUCUUUGAUUGCAGCGCUCAUUCGCUCAAACCAAAACUCCUCAGCCCUCAAAGUCUUCACCCAAAUCCACUCUUCUCAUCACCUGAGACCUGACCACUAUACCCUCGUUAGCUCCCUCACAGCCUGUGCCAACCUCCAUGACACUGUCGCCGGAGACCAACUCCAUUCCCAUGCCAUCCGUGCUGGCUUCAAGGCCUACGCCCACGUUGGGAACUCGCUCCUUUCUCUAUACGCGAAAUCAAAAGACUUGAAUAAUGUGAUUCGAUUGUUUGGCGAGAUCACCAUCCCUGAUGUAUACACAUGGACGAUUCUGUUGUCUGCAUAUGCCAAAUCAGGCCAGAUUGAUUAUGCCUGCCAACUGUUCGAUGGUAUGCUUUACAGAAAUUCUGCGACAUGGAAUGCCUGCCAACCGUUGGAUGUAAGGCUUCGAAGAAAUAUUGCGACAUGGAAUGCCAUAAUAACAGGCUGUGUAGAAAAUGGGCGUGAAGGGACUGCUGUGGAAAUGUUCCUUAGGAUGCAUCGAUGGUGUGUUGGGCAUGAUCACUACACUUUUGCUAGUGUUCUGAGCUUAUGUUGUUCUCCUGCGUUAGUGGAGUUUGGAAGGCAGGUGCACUCUCUGGUUACUAGAACUGGGUUUUUGGUUAGGGUUUCUGUGGUCAAUGCUCUGCUCACAAUGUAUUUCAACUGUGAUGUGGUUCGGGGUGCAUAUGGUGUAUUUGAAGAGGCGAAAGUGUCUACCUGUAAUCAGAUUACCUAUAAUGCCAUGAUACAAGGGUUGGUGAGCUAUGGAAGAGAUAGGGAGGCUUUAGAUUUGUUCAUGGAAAUGAGAGAAGCUUGUCUUGCACCGACUGAGCUGACUUUUGUGACUGUUAUGAGUUCAAGUUCGUUCACAGGAACGGUGAACCUUGGCCGUCAGGUACAUGCCCAAAUUGUUAAGAUGGGUUUUGAAGCCUAUACAUCUGUGAGCAAUGCUACAAUAACUAUGUACUCUAGUUGUACUGAUUUGGAUUCGGCUUGGGCUAUUUUUGAGAGGUUGGAGGAGAAGGAUUCUGUGUCGUGGAACUCCAUGAUUAGUGGUUGUGCUCAAUGUAAUUGCCUCUCAUUAGCAAUCAUGGUCUACCUGCAAAUGCAGAGGGCAGGUCUGGAAACAGAUGAUUUUACGGUCGGUAGUCUAUUAUCAUACUCUGACUCUCUAGUGAUUGUUAAGUUGAUUCAAGCUCUCGUUGUUAAAAAUGGACUUCUCUCAGACAUUCUUGUUUGCAAUGCUUUGGUUUCUUCAUAUUCUAAGCAUGGAUUGAUUGAGCAUGCGUUUCAAGUUUUUCAUGGCAUGUGUUCCCAAAAUUUGAUAUCUUGGAAUACAAUUAUAUCAGGGUGUUUGUUCAAUGGCUUGCCACUGCUGGGUUUAGACGUAUUCCGAGAGUUGCUGUUGUCAGAAUUAAGGCCAAAUUUGUACUCUCUCACUGUUGUUUUGAGCACUUGUGCUAGCAUAGCAGCUUUAAGACAUGGUAAACAAGUUCAUAGCUACAUUCUUAAAUUCGGCUUUGGUUUGGAGACACCCUUGGGAAAUGCCCUCAUUACAAUGUAUGCAAAAUGUGGGAUUUUAGAUUGGGCGUCUAAAGUCUUCAGCAGGAUGAUACAGAGGGACAUAGUAUCUUGGAAUGCCAUGAUUUGUGCGUAUGCCCAGCAUGGAGAGGGAAAAGAAGCUAUAAGGUGCUUCAAGGCUCUGCAAAAUUUGGAUGAUGUUAAACCAGAUGAGGCCACUUUCACUGCAGUUCUUUCUGCUUGUAGCCAUGCUGGUUUGGUCGAUCAGGGCUGUCAGGUAUUCUUUACAAUGGUGGACAAAUACGGCAUAAUUCCUGGAGUCGAUCAUUGUUCUUGCAUAAUUGACCUUCUAGGUCGAGCUGGACAUCUUGAUGAAGCUGGAAAAUUGAUAAAUGUCAUGCCUGUCCAAACAGAUUCUAGGAUGUGGUGGGCACUGCUUGGUGCUUGUCAAGCACAUGGUAAUGUGUUGCUGGGAAGAGUUGCAGCUGGGGUCCUUCUAGAAAUUGAACCAGAUAAUUCUGCUGUUUAUGUUCAAUUAGCAAAUAUUUAUGCAGCUGCUGGGCAGUGGAAUGAAGCAGCAAAUGUGAGGGAAAUGAUGAAGAAUAGGAGGGUUGUAAAGCAGCCUGCAUACAGUUGGAUUGAAUGACAACCAACUUAUGGUCUCAAUGGUAGGAGGUGGCCAUGGUGAAAGUUGGGCAUUAAGGACCCAAACGAAGUAGUAGGGAUAAGGAAUUGUGAGUUAAGGGUAGUGUAUGAGUGAGGAAGGAAAUCCUUGAAGUAAAAAGGCAAACUGAGGAAAUGGUCCUUGGAGGUAGUUUGAUGAAUCUAUGCUAGAAUGUUGUGAGCCCUUAGAAUAGAUUAAAUCUGAAGGCAUCACAUUUGGGAAGGUAGCAUGUUUGGCCCAAUGUGCUGGUGCUAAAGUUGAAGCUUUUUGCACAAACCAGACCACCAUCAAUGAUUUUCGUAAAUAUGUAAUGUGAUGUACCUCUUCUGAAGAUUGUCAUGUGAUCACUUCAUACCAUCGAGCACCUUUCAAACAGUUCACACAGGUUUUUCUUCCCUUUCUCCGGCAGCUCACGUCGUUGGUCGGCGAAUCAUCCCCUUCCUUGAGACUUGUUACUCAGAGUGCACUGAGCAGAGAGAGAGAGAGAGAAGGAAAGGAGCUGGAUAAUAUCUUUUCUGUCACUGUUGCUGUCCAUGAGCCACCAAUGGUCGCUGCUUGCAGAUGAACGGAGCUCCGAUCUGCUCUUGCUUUUUCGUCAGUGCCUAGCGGAGAAACGGGAAACAAGAGCUAAUGGAACUCAUAACUGACAAAGAAGAAAUGGAGAAAACUUAUGGGGAUGAGCAUUGCAGAGUUGCCACUCUCAUAAAGGACAAAGGUUUACAGUCAGCCCCUCGUCGUCGGAUUAGGCAGCAUAAUGGUGAAAUAACAAGUGGUGCUUGGAGGACAAAGAGGAAGCGCCCUUGGGAAAUGGUAUUAUGCAUAUAUGGUUUCCCAACUACGGUUUCUGCACUCCAGUUUUGAGUGGGCCUGGCGGCAUCCAAAGAAGUCAUUGGCUGUUAGAGAAGCUGCUGGAGAAUUCAAAUCCCUUGCUGGUAUUGUUAAUAAGAUCAGGCUUGCAUAUGCAAUGGUUAAUCUUCUUGCAUGGCAGAGCUUCAACCUCACAGUAAACUUUUUCUCGACAAAGUACCUGAAACACUCUGAUGGAUGCCCAAGCUUGCUAGUGCAUAUGAAGGUCCAAGUUUGUCCGAUGGAUGAACUUCCUUGCUAUGUGGGAGGUGGCCAGAUUUUAGAAGAUAAUGAAGAUGCCCAGGAGGCUGAAAAUGAUUGUGAUGAUGGCCCAGUAACAGAGAUGGAUACACAAGUUCACAAUUUUGCCGAAUAUCAGUGUAGCUUUGAAAUGACUAGUGCUCAUGUACAGACCAGAAGGAUGGAAGAUGACGAUAGUUUUGGAAUUGGGAUGCCCAGGGCCCCCUCACUCCAAAAAGAAGAGAUCUUAGGACUCCUGUUGUUUCUGGUGAUUGUAGUAUAACCAACACCUUAGGCACUAAAGAAACAGUGGAAGAUGGACCAGUUUUUGUUCCAUUUCUUUGGUUUCAAUGUGAAACCAAAACAUGAACCUAAAGGGUGCAUCAGUUUUGAUUGGGUUUUGAUUUAAAAGUUUUGGUUUCUUGUCAGCUUACUAUCGGUUUGAUUAUCUGAUUUGGUCUAUGUACAAUUUUGUUUUUGUACGAUCCAAAUUCCUACCAGAAUGGAUCUUACAAUGCUCCACGAA